UCCGAGCCUUCUCUGAAAAAAGCCCAACCUUUGUUCGUUCUUCCUUGUUUCUUCGAUGUUCCGUGUCUGAUUCUGUUUUGCGAAAAGGAUUGAAAAUGAGUUCGAUCUCUGGAUUGGUGGAAGAUGAAAUCAGUUCGUUUUUCGAAUCGUCUCCACCUCUGAAGAACAAUGAAGAGAUCGUAGCCAAGCUGAAUCAGUUCAUUGAGCUGAAUCAUUCGUGUGAAGGAGGGAAGAGGAGGAUUGUAUGUGUGACUUCAGGUGGAACUACAGUUCCAUUGGAGCAACGAUGUGUAAGAUACAUUGAUAAUUUCAGCUCUGGUAAUAGAGGUGCUGCAUCUACUGAGAAUUUCGUCAAGGCUGGGUAUGCUGUGAUCUUUCUCUACAGGAGGGGAACUUGUCAACCGUAUUGCCGGUAUCUUCCUGAUGAUCCAUUCCUUGAAUGUUUUGAGUUUCCAGAUGCCAAAAACAUUCAAGUUCAUGGGUCACAUUCAGAAGCUGUGAAGAUGGCUGUUAUGGACCAGCAAGCUGCAGUUGCAGAAGGUCGGUUGCUAAAACUCCCAUUCUCAACCAUAUAUGAAUAUCUCCAGAUGUUGCGGUUGAUUGCAACGGUCUUAAAAGAUGUCGGUCCAUGUUCAAUGUUUUAUCUUGCUGCUGCUGUAUCUGACUUUUAUGUGCCAUGGAAGAGCAUGACAGAGCACAAAAUAGAAUCAGGAUCUGGUCCUUUGGACAUAAGACUAGCUCAAGUCCCUAAAAUGCUUUCAAUCUUGAGAUCAAAUUGGGCUCCAAAGGCUUUCUGCAUAUCGUUCAAGCUGGAGACAGACUCAAAGAUUUUGAUAGAGAAGGCUACAAAGGCUCUACAAAAAUACAAAGUGCACGCUGUUGUAGCAAAUGAGCUAUUAACGCGUAAGGAGGAGGUAGUGGUUGUUUCAAGUAGCGGUAAUGUUGUGGUGAGACGUGAUAACAACAAGCCUGAAUCCAUCGUAGAAGAUAAUCUGAUUCGUCUCAUCGUAGAUCGACAUUCAACAUACAUCAAAGAAUCUCACACUUGAUCCAUAAAUUCUUCUGAGUCAAGAAAAGUUCCAAGUGUUUGGUGUGGAUACGUGUAAUUGUGUAUGAGUGAUGAAUGACUUGGUCCAUAAAUUACUCUCACACUUUCUUAUGUUUUUUACAUGUUGGGAAUAUAUGAAUCCUAGAAAUAAAAUUUUCUUCUACUUGGAAAACUUUUCAACAAA